GUAGAACAGGAAAUGAUACAGAGGCAGUCAGGCAAGUUGAAACCUGUGUGCGCACACAGGGCAGUGGUAGACUACUAGGAUUUAUAACGGACACCACAGGACCUCUGAACAUAGGACUCUUGGACAAGUGAACUAAUUUGAUGGAAACUAGAUGGUGAAAUAGAGAUUUACCAGGUUUAAUAUGAUGGGUAUUAAUGGAAAUGGAAGUUAUUAAACUCCCUCUGACAUUUGGGAGCCGCUGAACAUUCAGAGAGAAGAGGACAAAGUUGGUACAAGCCUUGCAUCUCCAGCUCCCAAGAUGACCUCUUCUGAAAUGUGACUGUCUGCAACUCAAUACAGAGGCCCCAGCCAGGGGAGCGGCUGACUGUAGAGGCCUACCUACAGUAACAUGGAGAUGGUGCAGGUGGAGUUUGAGUAUGAGUACACAGCCAGGGACGGGGCUCUGGUCUCCAUCAAGCCCAACGACAUGUACAUCCUGGUCUCCAGGACCAACGAGCACUGGUGGCACGUCCAGAAGGACCAGAGCACCAAGCCCUUCUACAUCCCUGCAAAGUAUGUGAGGGAGCUCUCUGUGGAGGCCCAGGGCCAACUGGACCUCACCGAUCCUGGGACUCAGAGUCACACAUCCCCGCAGGCAACGACUGACAGAGAGCCAACGAAGAUGUCUAACAAAGGUCAAAGGCCAGGCACUGUGAUCAGGGUCCACGUGUCCACAGAUCACUCUGCGAGAUCACUUUCCACUCACAGGAAGUCCACGUUCAGUGUCUCACAAGACAUCAAUGAUAUCGAGCGGUAUGAGCACGUGAAGACAAUGGUGGGACUGCAGACCUCCAACAACGAGACUAGAGAUAGCCCGCCAUGUGAUGAAGUGAUGAAGAAGCAUAGUUUAGUUCCAGGAGCCUCAUUCAACUCAGCCUCAGACACUCCAGUACUUGGCAAUUUGCUGCAGCACCCUUCCCAAAAGCUCCUUGUCCCACCCGAGCCCACAAGUGUACUUCCUCAGUUGCAGUCAGGCCAUUCUCCGUUUAUCAAGGAUCCAGUUGAACAGCAGAACUCUGACGGCUGGAUGAUGAAAACACUGGCAGGGGAUCCUAGUGGGCAAUCUCAUUUAAAUCAGGACCCUGAUAUCUAUGAGACUAUAUCAGAUAUACCACUCUCAGAGAUGACAGACAUAGUGGGAACAGAACCGACUGGAUCUCUGGGUGCAACGAAAACACCAGCAGAACCGCGAAGCCUGGAUCAAACUUGUGGUCCGAUUGAUGUUACAGCCCCUUCUCUUUCGGAUCAGGUUGACAAUGAGAGUGCCCAGAACGCUGUGUACGUCAAUGUAGCGGAGCUCCACAGAAACGUCUCUGAGUCCCCUCUCUCGGCCUCCUCCCCCCCCUGCUCUCCUCCUUACCUGGACUCUGAGGGAUGGGAGGUGCACACUGACCAGGAGAGUGGACAGGAGUACUACUACCACCCUGAAUCGGGGCAGACCACCUGGGACAACCCCCACAUAGACCCUGAGGCUCCCGCUGAGGAGCCUGUGUGUUCGUCUCCCUCGCCCUCCUCUCAGUCCCCCACCUCCACCUCUGUCUCCCACCCUGCAUGGACCGCUGACUGGGAGCAGUGUUUGGAUGUGACUAGCGGCCGCCAGUACUUCUACAACCCAGUAUCGGGAGAGACGUCUUGGGAGCCCCCAGAGCCACAGUGCCCCUACCCCCCUCUGAUGGAGCCUCUGAGUGGGCACAGCUCUCUGGAGGAAGGGCCGCCUCCCCUGCCUGAGGAGGACUACCCAGCCGAGGCUGACCUACCUGAAUCCCUGGAAGAGGAGCCAUUGGCUUUGUCCCCAGUGGACCCUCACUCCUUCCAUAACGACUACAACCCCAGCCAUGUGAUCCAGGCAGUCAUCCCCAGGGCCAGCCUGGACAGGAGCGCUCCAACUGGCUGGAACCUCAAUGUAGACCCUGAUGGAACAUGGGUGUUCUCCAGCAAACACUCACCUGAGCAGUGGAUCAAAUCAUUGGACGACAGAGGACAGACGUACUACUACCUGAGAGACGGCUCCAGAUCCCAGUGGAACCUGCCUGAGGCCCCUGUAGCAUCAGGCCAGUCUAAGGUGGGAAAUGGUGUUGCGCUGGACGGGGGGUCUCUAUCUAUGAAGAACUGGAGACACACCAUGGGUCCAGCUCACUUCAGCUCAACCAUGGAGGAAAGGAAGUUCUUCCCGAAUCACAGAAGAAAGGCCUCGGACUACGGCAGCGAGGGUUCCAGUGCAGACAACUCUCCAGAGAUGGGGCAGCAUCACGUGCAGAGUUUAGAAAAAGCUGGAAUUCUCAACAAAACUAAAGUGUCAGAGAAUGGGAAAAGAGUAAGGAAAAACUGGGCCCAGUCUUGGACGGUUCUUCACGGAGGGGUUCUGACCUUCCACAAAGACCCCAAGUCUGCAGCCACAGGAGCCUCGAACAAGACCAAUCAGAUCGCCCCAGAGGUCACAGUGGAGCUACGAGGUGCAACGAUUGGCUGGGCUCCCAGGGAUAAAUCCAGCAAAAAGAAUGUUGUAGAGUUGAAAAACAAAAAUGGUGUUGAGUUUCUGAUACAGUACGACACUGAGAGUAUCAUCAACGACUGGCACAAAGUUCUAGUCGACACCAUCCGACAGCUGGACCAGGAUCAUCACCAAUCUGAGGAGGAGGACGGGGACAUCAGUGAGAAGUCCUCCGGUACAGACAGAGAUGACAGGUCACCAGGCACCCUGGACAAGGGGAGGAUGUCUUCCAGACCGAGCACGGCCACCUCCUCUGGGGGAGAGACAGAUCAGAAGAAGGUUCGUACCAAGCUGAUCAAGUUCCUCCUGAAACGACCCACGCUGCAGUCCGUCAAGGAGAAGGGUUACAUCCGAGACAAUGUGUUUGGCUGUCAUCUGGCUGCACUGUGUGCCCAGGAGAAAACUACUAUCCCAAGCUUUGUGGAGAAAUGUAUCCGAGCAGUGGAAAAGAGAGGUCUGGACAUGGAUGGACUCUACAGAGUCAGUGGGAACCUAGCUGUCAUUCAGAAACUACGCUUCAAGGCAGAUCAUGAGGAACUGGACUUGGAGGAUGGCCAGUGGGAGGACACCCACGUCAUCACUGGGGCUCUGAAGCUUUUCUUCAGGGAGCUUCCUGAACCCCUCUUCCCCUUCAGCCACUUCAGCCACUUCAUCCAGGCCAUAAGAACUGUUGAUUACACUCUCAAAGUGUCUUACAUGCGAGAGCUUGUGGAGUCUCUCCCUCGGCCAAACCAUGACACCAUGGAACUCCUCUUCAGCCAUUUACGCAAAGUGAUAAACUAUGGAGAAGAGAACCGUAUGACUGUGCAGAACGUGGCUAUCGUCUUUGGUCCCACGCUGCUCCGGCCAGAGAUGGAGUCAGCCAACAUCGCCAUGCACAUGGUUUUCCAGAACCAGAUAGUGGAGCUAGUCCUGAACGAAUAUGAAUACCUCUUCCAUUCCAGUUGAAACAAUCAUAAGCCUCUGUCAGUCAGAGGUCAGUGAUCAAUUUAAGUAAUAUUGCAGUAGGAGAAAAAGCACACACUCACCACCGGACAGAGGGUGCGUCCAAAUAGUCUCUUUCUGAGGUGUGCACUCAUUCACUAUUCCCCACAAAUUUAAAAGCAUUGGGUUGGUGUAGGCAUGGGCAAGAGGGGGUUUACAUAUAGGCCUAACAGUCAUGUCCUUUCAAAUCAUGAAGGGAAGUGAACAAGUGCACACUUCAGGAGAAAUUAGAGAUUAUUGGGAGGCAGCCAUAGAGGAGCUGCUUGCAUUAGGCCUAGUUGAAAGCGAUGUCAAAUAUUUGCACUGCAUUUAUUCUAAUAUCUUAGUUGGAUAUUCAUUUGCCAAUUCAGAUUGUUCUCUGAAUUUCUGCUUCUUCACUGCAUUCCUUAUUAUGUAAAAUAGCACACACCCUUAUGGCAUCACUUAUGUACAGUCUCAAAACAUUUUUUUGUUGCUAUAGGCCUACUUUGAAAUCUUCCUUUCAUGUAAAAAUGUUAAUUCACAAUAACAUGAUUUUAUCUUAACACCCCAAUUCGCAAAGCAACCUGAAGAUGCUUUGAUACUUUGUUUUUACACACGAUCAAACAAACCCUUUUAGAUGCAUUUUAAAGAUGAAAUCAAAAUGUUUAAAAGUUACUGAAAUGUUUGAGGUUACUGUAUAUCAUGUUUCUGAAUAGCCUAGAAGUCCUGUGUUAUGCUAAUAAUGUCUUAUUCAGUCAAUGUACAUUUUGUAACUGUAAUAUAGAAAUAUAUCAAAUAUGUACUACCCAAAACCUGCUAUGAAUUAGACACCAACUUCCCUUGCACAGCCUCUCUAGAUUUUGUACUGGAUAAUCAGAUGCCACCUUUUUUAAAUAGGCACAUUUAGUGUUAAUUAAACAAAGCCUCAUUGUAAAUGAACACACAGAAUGAUAAUGACAUAUGGCUAUGCUAUUUCAUUAAGUUUAGUAGCAUUAAUAGAGCUGGAAAAGGCCAGACCUAAAUGAAUAGUUAGACAGUUGUGAGCAGCAUAACAUUUGUUUUUUUUUCUGUACAUAGAAAUCAAGUAGCAUAUUUAUGUUGUAAAUUACUGAAAAUGCACAUGUUCCUUUAAUAAAAUAACUUUGUAAAAAUA